AUAAUCAAUACAAAGAAAGCACUCGAUGAAAAUGAUAGAAUUACAAGAAAAUUUACAUCAAAAGAUAAUAAUAUUCAUUGUACACUUUCUGUGAAUGGUGUAAACAUAUUAGUAGUUCGUUCUUUUGAUACAGAAGAUGAAAAAACAUAUGAAGAAACAAUUUUAAAUUGUAUUGAUUUGUUUGAUUCUAAUAAUUAUCCUAUUCAAGUCAUAUUCCCAAAGAAUGGAGGAGGAUAUAGUAAUUAUUCACAAUGGAUAGAAAAGAUAUUAUCACCAUAUGAUGAUGUUAAUUAUAUAGUUUCAUUGAGAGAAUCAGACUACACAAAGCAUAUGUUAAAAACAGGAUUUGCUGUAAAUUUAUAUGAUCCAAAAACAUGCCAACAAAGAAGAAGUAAAUGGACAAGUAUAAUUCCCAUAAUAAAUUCAUUCCCACUUGGAGGUUGGUACUCAAAUCCAAAUAUUAUUAAAUAUGGUGAUGUUGAACAUAAAGUUACACAGCCAUCAAUUCAAGUUUUUCCAAAAAUGAAAUUAAUGAAACAUCCAAGAAAACCAACAGAAAUAGUAGUUUAUACAGAUUCAUUUUGUUAUUCAGCAUGUUCAUUGGUAACAAAAGGAUUAAAAGAAUGGGGAGGAGCUAUUCUUGUAGGAUUUGAUGGAGAUCCAUAUGGUAAAGAUGAAGAAUUUGAAGUAGGAUUAUCACCAACUAAUGUUAUUGAAUCUGUUCCUUUACUCCCUCAUAUAUGGAUGGAAGUAUAUGGAUAUAAUCUUGGAAUAAGUGUUGGAGAAACAUACAGAUAUAAUUAUGAAUACAAUGAAACAAUUCCUAGAGAAUUUUUAACUGAUAUGAUUGAUGAAAGAGUGAAUAUUUAUCAAUUUUCAAAUUAUAAGAUAAAUGAAUUUGCAGAACAAACAAAGAAAAUAAUAGAAAAAUAUCAAACAAAAUGUAAUCCAAAGAAUAAAAGAUUAGUUAAAAGAGAUAGUAUAUGUGAUAAAGAAAUUAAUAUCAAACAUGGACAUGGAGGAUAUGAAUGUGGAGAUAAUGGAGAAUGGAGUACAAAAUGCGUACUUUCCUAUUGUGAUUCAGGAUAUAAAUUUGAUUAUAUCAACAAUAAAUGUAUUAAAGACAUUUGUUCAAAUGGAGUACCAAUAAGCAUAAUAAAUGUCAGCAUGGUUAUUAUUGGAAUAAUCGCAUUAAUUCUCUAA